GUUUACAGAGUAGAUCGGCAGGAAAGAGGUUGUGCGUUUAUUAGAAACAUUUACACAACAGGUGCCAGUUUUCACAAACAGUUAACACCCAGAGAGAUUUCACAGACUUCUAAUAGGACCAAAUUUCGGGAGAAUCACUAUUACAAAGCUUACGGCGAUAGAAGUGUGAUUUGCAAAGACCAACGAAUAGGCUACUUGGAAACCAUACCAUUUUCCAUACCUUUAAAGACUUUAUUGUCUGCAGCAUUUCUAAAGCGAUGAUGUGAAACUAAAUCAUAGGGUGUAAGAAGUCGUUACAGGGUAUAAGGUAGAAGAAAAUUUAAACUGAAAUGGCUUCCAGUUCGUCUCUUCCAGAUGAAGACCUCGCCUGCCCCUUGUGCAAGGCCAUCUUCACAGACCCCGUCUUACUAAAAUGCAGCCACAUCUUCUGUGAAGCCUGUCUGCACAAGUGGUGGGAGGCGAACAGGGCAGGAGAAUGUCCGAUUUGCAGAGAGAAAACUACGGAGGACCCGACUUCUGACAGGACGACAGGAGCGACCGUUUCAAAUGACGGGACUGAGAAACGAGCUUCUGUGUCUGCGUCAGUGUGCAGUGUCCACGGCGAGAGGCUGAAGCUCUUCUGCGUGAACGACAACGAGCUGAUCUGCGUCGUGUGUCAAACUUCAAAGAAGCACGAAAACCACAAACUGCGACCAAUCGAGGAAGCAGUGCUUAGUUACAAGGAGGAAAUUGAUGGCGCUCUGCGAGUUCUGCAGGAGAAGCUGGAGGCCUUCAAUGAAGAGAAACAGAAGAACAACCAAGAAGCAGAUUUCAUCAAGAGCCAGGCCGAGUGUACGGUCAUACAAAUACAAGAGGAGUUUGAGAAACUUCACCAGUUUCUGCGAUACGAAGAGGUGACCCGGAUCGCUGCGCUGAGGGAGGAAGAGGAGCAGAAGAGCCAGAGGAUGAAGGAGAGGGUUGAAAAAAUGACAAGAGAGAUUUCAUCCCUGACAGAAGCGAUCACAGCCUUAGAGCAGGAAAUGAGGGCUGAUGAUAUCUCUUUCCUGCAGAACUACAAGGUCACAAAGAGAAGAGCCCAGAGCGAAGUGUCAAAUCCAGAGAAGGUGUCAGGAGGCUCUAUCGAUGUGGCCAAACACCUGGGCAACCUGAAGUACAGGGUGUGGGAGAGGAUGCUGGGAAUUAUCCAGUACACUCCUGUCACUCUAGACCCCAACACCAAAGGAGACGACCUCACCGUGUUCGAGGACCUGACCGGCCUGCGGUACAGCGGGGAGGCGGAGCCGAGUUCGGACGACGACACUCACAUCCUGCGGUGCGUGGUGCUGGGCAGCGGAGGCUUCGGCUCGGGGAAGCACAGCUGGGACGUGGAGGUGGGGGACAACCCCGCCUGGGUGCUGGGCGUGGCCGAGAGCUCCUCCAGCGACGGGGGGCUGCAGUCCGGGGAGAUGUGGGGCCUGGGGCACCGGGACGGCGAGUACGAAGCCAUCAGGUGCGCCGUCAGCGGCGUCAAGCUGAACGUUCGGAGGGGGGUGAAGAGGGUCAGAGUGCAGCUGGACUGGGACAGGGGGAGGCUGUCCUUCUCUGACCCCGUUACCAACACGUCUCUGCACACGUUCAAAUGCAGGUUCGCCAAGAGGCUCUUCCCCUUGUUUUUGGCUGCCUCUGAUUCAGACCCCCUGAUAAUCUGCCCAGUGAGGGUCUCUGUUAAAGUGGGAUAGUGUUGCCCUG